GCUAGCGGGCUGAAGACACUAGACAUCAACUCAGUGUCUGUCGAUAAAACACAGAAAUCGGUACAAAGCACCGCCACGCAGCCCACCCAGCAGCGCGAGAUUGCACGGCCCAUGGCGCACCUAGAUAACGGUACCCAGGGAGUCACGGCGGCGCUGCAGGGCAUGACACUGGCCUCCAUCGCUAAUGCUUUAUUGAGCGAAGAGCAACUCAGGCUGGUACUGGAGGCACUGGCGAGCCCCGCGCCAGGCGACCAGGAGCAGGCCGCGAAGGCGUUGGCGAACCGUGCCAAAAUCGACCGCGCCAACCGCGCUCAGAUCUUCGGGGCCGGCGCCAUCCCGCCACUCGUGAGGCUCUUAAGGAACGGCACGGCCGGCGGCAAGAACCAGGCCGCGCGGGCGUUGACUUACCUCGCGCAGAACAACGAGAUCCGCGACGCGAUCGCCGAAGAAGGCGCCCUCGAGCUGCUCGUCGCGCUCGAGGCGGCCACCGGCCGCGGUCCGCGCUGUCCGCCCACGAUGGCGUUGCAAAGGCUCACCUACCACAACGAAAACAACCGCGACGCGAUCAAAAGACUACGGGCCGCGGCGAAGCGGGCCCAGGUGUCCCGGGGGCAGAACACUGCGGUCGCUGCGACACCGUCUGGUGAUGUGAACGCGUCGAGGGCGCGGGAAGGCCGUUGUGUGGUUUGCUUGGUUGCCGAGGCCAAGAUGUCGUUCGUCCACGGGGACACAGAACACCUGGCUUGCUGCGAGGCAUGUGCGCCAGAAUUCAACGUUGUUCCUGAAGGCGUACGUCCUGAUGAACGAUCUAAAUGUCCCGUCUGCCGCCUAGGUAUUGACCGCAUCGUCAGACACUUCACCGCUUAGGCUAUAGUGAAAUAGCUCACUUCCUGCACAUGCAUCCAAUCCCCAUCGUCGUCGUCGAAAAAAAUCACAAAAAAAAAAAACAAAAAACAAAAAAUCCAGCCUGAGGGGGCUGGCAACAACCUCUUACCGGAGAAUUAGCUCAGUGGAAGAGCGUUCGCCUAGUGCGAAAGACAUGGUUUCGACUACCAUAUUCUCCUCCGAUGUUAUUACACUGGCUUAUUCUAGUGAACCUCCCCUAUAGUGAACCCCCACUAGCCCUAUCCGGAAUAUCGUUCUAGAACCUUAUUCUGUUGUUGUUGAUCCUAAGACACAUAACACA